GUCCUCAUCGUCCGCCAUGAUGUCCACGCGCGUCCUCGGCCUUGGGCCAGCACUCAGGAAGGCUGUAUUCAGCCCAAGAAUUGUCAGGAAUCAGAUCGUGUUGCGGAAUGUCGCUGCUAAGCGUGGGGUUCAGACGCAGUCCUUGCCGCCCUCUGCUUCGAUCGAAAUUCUGAACAAGCAGCGCCUGAAGCGUCCAUCGAGCCCCCACUUCACAAUUUACCAGCCGCAACUUACUUGGCUCGGUUCCAUUGCCAACCGUAUGACUGGUGCUGCUCUCAGCGUUUUGCUCUACGGGUUCUCGCUCGCCUACCUCAUCUCCCCCACCAACUUCAGCAGCGCCAAGGUGGUCGAGUACGUGAAGCAAGUGCCCGACUCCGUCAAGUACGCGGGCAAGGUUAUCCUCGCUGCGCCCUUCGCCUUCCACUCGUUCAACGGCUUGAGGCACCUGGGCUGGGAUAUGGGAUACUUCCUUUCUCUCAAGGGCGCGUACCGAUCUGGUUAUGCAGUGCUCGGCGCGACCGCUCUGGGUACCGUCGCGUUGGUCUUGAUGUAAAGUGAUUGACUGGUGCAAUGUAUUUCUUUGGUUCCGGCGACUCUGGUCGGAUGAUCGGAGGGAUAUCCUUCUGACCGACCGAAGUGAAGCUUGCUCGUCUUCGUGCUCUAUUUUACGGCUCCCUUAGAUAUCUUGGCUGUGAAAGGCAUGCACUUGUUAACGCUGAUUGCUCACACCAUACCAUGUAGAUACGCAGGUAUGGUCUACUUCGC